AUGGAAAAUCGAUCAACUUUUACCACAUUCACUCUGGAUGGCUACUUUGUAAUGGACCAACAGAAGCAUUUCUUUUUUUUUAUUUUUCUCCUACUCUAUGCUACAAUUGUUAUCCUAAACUCACUUCUCAUUGCUGUGAUCUAUUUCGAAAGAACACUGCAUAAUCCAAUGUAUAUCUUUGUAUGCAAUCUGUCAUGUAAUGGCAUCUAUGGCAGCACAAGCUUGAUUCCUCAUCUGUUAUUUAAUCUUACUAUUGAGGAGCAUAAGAUAUCUUUAACAAAUUGUUUCAUACAAAUCUACUGUUUACACACUUAUAAUAUCAUUGAACUAACUAUAUUGGCCUUAAUGAGCUAUGAUCGUUAUGUUGCUAUUUGUUACCCACUUCACUAUCAUUAUAUGAUGUCGACAAAAAAGUUGCAGGCAUUUAUAUUUUUUGUAUGGUCUUAUCCAUUAGUUACUUUUCUGAUAUAUGAGUCAUUCACGAUACGCUUAAACUUUUGCAGAGAAAUUAUAGAUAAGACACACUGUGUAAAUUUUGAACUCAUAAAACUAUCUUGCACAGACAUCACUACCCACAGCCUAAUUGGACUUGGUCUAAUGGCUGUUUACAUGAUUCCACAGGUUCUAAUAAUUUUAUUCUCUUAUGCAUUGAUUUUGCGUGUCUGCAUCUAUUCUUCUAAGGAAUGCCAAACCAAAGCCCUCCAAACAUGUACGCCUCAUCUUCUUACUGUUUUGAAUUAUUUUGUUGGAGUAUUUUUUGAAAUAGUACAAAGUCGGCUAAAUUCAAGGUAUUUGUCUUACGAUUUCCGAAAUUUCAUGUCUUUAUAUUUUAUGAUAUUUCCUCCUCUGUUAAAUCCAGUUAUCUAUGGCAUGAGUGGUCAGGUUAUAAAGAAACAUAUUCGGAAUUUUUUCUUUGUUAAAAAAGUUGCUGCCUUAAGAAAUUAA